AUGGCCACGGAAAGACUGAAUCAGGUUAGGACAUCGGUAUUCCAAGCGUCCCAGUCUCUUCUGCAGACUCUUUCGACGUCUCUUGGACCCAGGGGGCUAGACAAGAUGGUUGUGAAGGAUAAAAAGACUGUUGUGACCAAUGACGGAGCCACCAUUCUGAAGUACUUGAAUCACCAUCCGAUCCACGGAAUCCUGUCGAGCAUGUCCGCAACGCAAGAUGAGGAAUGUGGAGACGGAACGACCAGCGUUGUUAUUCUUGCGGGAUGCUUGUUGGAAAGCAUCAGCAGCUUGCUGGAAAGGAAUGUGCAUCCUUCGGUUAUUUGCGACAACCUUGAGAUUGCAAAGAAGAUUGGUCUCAGAUACAUUGAUAGAGUGAAGAUGGAGUGCAGCGAGAAGGACCUUAUCAGCAAUGUUACCACGGCGCUGUGCUCUAAGAUAGCGUCUUCGACCGGAGAGAUGGCUGUGGAGGCAAUCAGGGGGAUGGAGUAUGUCAACGGGGACAAGAAGAAUAUCCGGGUUGUCAAGAAAAUUGGGGGAAAUCUUGACGACGUAAAGGCAUACAAAAGCAUUUUAUUGGAAUGCGAUCUCAAGGACAUUCCAAAGAAGGCCAAGGUGGGAGUUAUCCAGUUCUGUCUAAGUGCUCCAAAAACCAAUAUGGACAGCAAGAUUCUUAUUAACGAUCCUGCUCUUAUGGAAAAGAUCAUCCAGGAUGAGAGAAAGUACAUUUUAGAGAUGUGUAAGAAGAUAAAGAAAAGCGGAUGUACUCUUCUGGUGGUUCAGAAGAGCAUCUUGCGAGAGUCUCUGAGUGAUCUGGCCAGCCACUUUCUAAAGCAGUUGAACAUUCUUGUAGUAAACUCUGUUGAUAGAAAGGACGUGGAUUACAUUUGCAGUGCUAUGAAUAUACAGCCUGUUUCUGAGGUAGAUCUGCUAAGCCCUGCAUCACUAGUGGAUGUCGAAACUGGAGAGGUGGAGGGAAUGCUGGAGAUCAAAGGAUAUGGAUGCACCAUAUUGCUGAGGGGCUGUGACGACAUGGUGGUUGAGGAGGCAGAAAGGUCUUUAAACGAUGCACUGUGUGUUGUGAAGUGUCUUAAGGAGCUUCCCUUCCUGGUUCCUGGAGGAGGAUCCAUCGAGAUGGGGAUUGCUCUGAUGCUUUCUGAGUCCACCGAGGGAAACAUUUAUGUGCUGAGGGAGAUAGCAAAGGCAUUCGAAGGAGUUCCCUACUUCCUUGCAAGGAAUGCCGGACUUUAUCCCGUGGAGAUAGUUUCCGAGUUAAGAAGUGAGCUGAAACAGAAUUGCUGUGCAGGAAUCAGUGUCAGGAGCGGGCAUGCAGGUGACAUGGUCAGAGAUGACUCUGUGGUCCAGCCUGCAAAAGUAAGCAUCAGCGUUGUCACUCUGGCACUGGAAACAGUCUCUAUGAUUCUGAAGAUCGACGACAUCCUUCCAGCAAGGAGAUAA